GUGAAAUCCUCAUGUCGGACCUGCCCCAAAGCUCAUCACGUCCAUUACGUCCACUCCUACCAGCCACUUCCCCUGGCCGACCUGCGGGGCAAACAAAGCCAAGGGACAGUGAUCGGGAGACGGCUGUCCGCGCGCACGCUCGUGCAGCGUGCGAACCCUGCCGCAAACGUAGGACUAAGUGAGAUGCAAUGUGCAAAUGCGGUCUACGAGGAACUCUUUGACGCGCUUCGAACGAGGGACCGCUGCGAUGUAGGCGCAAUAGUGCAGCAAGUCAGGAGUGGCGCAGACGCCGAUACUAUACUUAAACGCAUCCGGACCGGCGACCUCUUGUUACAGCUCGCUCUCGCUCCAGAAACCAGGUAUCGAUACGAGUUUCCGUAUCUGCGUGAGAUCCCCGCGUUCUUGCUGACCCCAGACAAUCCGUAUUCAAACACUGUCAUACACGAAUACACACCCAGGCGGAGCGACUCCGAUGAUCAGACGUCUAUGACCCCAAUCAAUGUCAGCAGAUAUGGAAGUGCGUAUUGGACUCCUCACCACGCGGCACGAUAUGUAGACGCGAACUUGGAACGGGUCAAGCCAUCCAUGUGGACCUCAGUCAGCUCCGAUGAUUCCCUGAUGCGAGAAAUGCUCGGAUUGUACUUUGGCAAUGAGUAUCAAGGCGCCCCCUUCUUCCAGAAAGACUAUUUCCUCGAGGACAUGGCUGCAGGGCGCCGUCAAUACUGCUCGCCCUUGCUUGUCAAUGCAAUACUGGCAGUGGCGUGUCACUCUUAUACCAGUCACAAGGACCGCGUUGAGUUUUGGAACUGCGAUACUCUUUGCUACCGCUUCCUUGCUGAGAGUCGUCGCUUCCUAGAAUUGGAGUUGCUGAAACCUACGCUCACGACUGUCCAAGCCUUACUUCUGCUUCAGAUCGUGGCUUGCUUCAAUGGGGCAGACGGAGUCGGGUACCACGUUUAUAUGACGCAAGCUGUAAAAAUGGCCAUAAAGCUGCGACUACUCGAGGAUCUCACCAACGCAGGUCGGAAGGAGCAGAAUGCCCGAAAUUUCACAGCUUGGGUUCUGUAUGCGUGGCAAGGGCUCCUGGCAUACCAGCACCACCUUCCGCCAUUGAUCACCGCUCCUCCCGUGAAACCAUUGCCACAUCCAGUAGACGACCGAGGAUGGUACGGCGAGAUUGCGUACAAGUUUCCAGCUUCUCCCACCCUACAUGUCGCUCAUUUUGGACCUUUGUUUAAAGCGUUGGUAGAAAUCUGGACCAUUUCAUUAGAUAUUGCAGCCCGUUACUGUACCGAGAGUUCUAGUAUGUCAGAACUCUCGAUUCCGGACGUCUGUCAUUACUACACCAAGCUGAUGCAGUGGGAGAGCGCUCUUCCCGAGUUUCUAAAACCGCAUCGAAUUGUUACGCCAUACCAACUGCAGCUUCAUAUGUGGUUCAAGAACACCGUCAUCAAGCUGCUGGAAGAACCCAUGACAACACGCCUGGAGGGCCCUGAUCACUUGACUGACGUACUAAACUACCUGGGGAGUCAUCCCCGAGCGAUCUUGGCUGAAACAAAGAGACACUUUGAGACAAUCAUUCGCAUAUUCUACCUAAGACAUGGCUUCGAGGCGAUGAACAUGAACAACUGCCACUUUCUCAGCCUAUUCGCAUUCGUGGUACAUGCUGCCAUCCAGUCUCGGACUUCAGACUCGCAACUACAAUCUUUCCAGUCGAGUGUUGUUUUGGCAGCAACAGGCUUGCGCAACCAAUGCCAUUCGACCUACGUCGCUCGGAUGGUUUUUCAUGCCGUACGGGGUGCGAUGGGACCAGAAUUGGCCUCACUGAUCGACAAAUAUACAGAACAGGGGAGUAUCAAGGAGACCGAGCCACCGGAGGGCUGGGAGCCGUUCACGACCUGGACAUUUGACUCGGGUAGUAUUGCAGAUGACAAGGAGACUUUAAAUCUUGGUAAGCUCUUUGAUGCGGCGAGGCUGAGCGAUGUGCCAAAAUCUGUAGCUUAGGGAUGCAUCUUAAAGGAGCGAUCGCAGCCAUCAUUCAACUGGGAGCUGCGAUUGAAGCCGUUUCUUUCGCCAGCAUGUCGUCACCAACAAGUCAGCAGACAGCCUCAACAUUCUGUGGUACUGUCAUGUGUCUGCAUGAAUCAGCACAAUCCCUACAUUUUACCCCGUUAGGGAUCUCAAA